CGUCGAUAUCGUCAGAGUAUGGCCGGCGGUCGGUGGCUUCGUCGCUCUACUCGCACCUUUCGAUGUCCAAGAGAAGGGUGGAGUACUUCAGCAAGAGGGCAGAUAGCUUCUGCCGGCCGACGAAGGGCGGCGCGCCGUUCGUCGUCUGCAGCUCCUGUAACCAGCUUCUUCAGCUACCUCCUGGGAAAUGCACAUCACCGAAGCAGAAUCGGGUUCAGUGUGGCUCCUGCUCAGAGGUUGUCACUUUCGAUUUCAAGCCUAAAGGAGUGAAAGUUCAUCCGGUGAUCCCAUCAUCAUCUUUUAGUGUGCCAAAAAGUGUGAGAAGCUCCGAUCGCCGGGCUCCUCAAAAUUCUGGGUGGUAUCCAUAUGAGGAUGAUGACACUUCCAGUUUCGGUAGCUAUCGACAGAAGCAGAAUUUUUCCGACAAUCUGUCGCAGUCUUCCACAGGAAGCUAUGGCAACAGCACAAACAAAGAGCGCGGGCCAAACAAGAUCAGUCAGGUAAAAUCUGUUUCUGUCAGCAAGUCUAGAUUUGCAGAUAGCCCAAAAGAUAUAUUAUGUCAAGGAGAUGCAGACAGUCAGGUCGAAGCUUCAGUUGUUCGCACAAUCAGUCCACAAGCCCCAAUUUUAGAGGAUAAACUUGUUGAUCCCUUUUCCAGCCAGCAAAAUGAUUGCAGUGGUGGGGAUCAAAUCAAGAGCAAGAGGUAUGGCUUAAAUAGCAAAGGAAACUUUGAUGUUCGAGGUGAGAGGAUUGAUGUGAAAUGUGAACAAAAGAGCAAUGGAAGUCGGAAGGAUGGAUUUAGUGGAGAAACCGCGAAGAAAACAUAUGGACAGAAAUAUCUCAAACAACUUAAUGCUAGUUGUCCUGAUGGUCACAUUGGUAACAAGAACCCGCGGAAGGCCAAUAGUGAUGAUAGCAGGAGCAGCAGCCUCGAAGAUGAAGCUACAAGCAAAAGGUAUGAAGGAAAGAGCAAACAAGAUGACAACAACUUUGAAGUUCAAGGCGUUAAUAAGAGAUACGACAACUGCAGCAAGGAAGGUUAUAACAAUGCGUUUGGAUUCGAUGGCAUAACUAAGACAUGUGAUGAAGAGAGCAUAGAAGAUGAUUGUGCUAAAUCACUGUCCUCAAACGGUGAAAAUGCCAAGAGAGUGGGCAAAAAUGAGUCAUCGGUCAGUGAGCGAACAAAUACUAGUUCUCAUGUUUCUUCUGAUGCUGGGCUAGAUGAAAUUCAAUCUUCAGCUGGUAAGAGUGGGGAUUCAUCAUUUUUUGGUGGUUUCUUAAAGAAAGGUUUCAAGGAUCUUUCUUUAUUCAACCAGUCUAUGGACAGUGUCAAGGUUUCCAUCAACGGUCAUCCAAUCUCUGAGCGUGCUCUUCGUAAGGCGGAGAAAAAAGCUGGUCCUGUUAGCCCUGGUUCAUAUUGGUAUGACCAACGUGCUGGAUUUUGGGGUGUCAUGGGGCACGAGUGUAGCGGCAUUAUCCCUCCAUUUAUAAAAGAAUUCAGUUAUUCAAUGCCCAAGAAUUGUGCUGGUGGGACUACUGGAGUGCUUGUAAAUGGAAGAGAACUUCAUCAGAAAGAUUUCGAUUUGCUUGUAAAGAGAGGCCUUCAACGUUUCUCUGAAAAAUCAUAUACCGUUGAUAUCUCAGGAACUGUGACUGAUGCUACAACUGGCGACAAAUUACGCAGCCUUGGAAAGCUUGCUCCUACAAUCGAGAAGAUGAAACGCGGUUUUGGCAUGCACGUCCCUGAAGAGAUAAGUUAGCACUCUAUGACAGUCUAUGAUGAUGUCUCCUUCAUUUCCUACCCCCACCCUACCCCACCAGAAAGCUGCAUUUUGCGAGCUAAAUCUUUGGACUCUGCUAUGGAAGAGAGCCUUCUAGACCAUACUACUUCUUGUGGCCUGGCUGUGCGGCAGCAUCAAUAAUACUCCCAGGAAAGGAAAACCUAUUUCCACACACUCCAUUCCUUUACUUGAGAUAUAUCUCGUGAUGGUAUAUUCGGGCAGAGGUGUAGCUCCAAGUUCCUCCUGUUGUGUUGUUUCUCGUCCCCAUCUACUGCAUAUGUUCUUGAAGCAGUUCUCCCUCGGCAUUAGGAAGGCAUUGGAAUGUACCAGUAUAUGUCUUUUGUGGGGUUGUAAUACACUGGGUAGAAUAUUUCUACCUGUAGAACCAACUGUAAAUAUCUAUCUCUCCUAUGCCACCUCUGCUGGGGCGGCUGGUGUGUGCUUUCUGAAAUGCAAAUCCUGGUUUGUACA